ACUGAGCAGUGGAGAAUGACACCUAACGGGAGAUGGACUGAGCAGUGGAGAGAGACACCUAACGGGAGAUGGACUGAGCAGAAAGUCAGUCGGAGGAACUUGUUCACCAAUUAUCUGUCAUCAAAGAGAUUUCACAAUACAAAAAUGGGAAACCUGUCAAAAAUCGUUGAUGCCCUUCCUGAUCACUAUGGGUGUGUGAUCUUUACAGGCUUGACUGGCACAUUCAUCAACUUGUGGAUGGGCAUCAAUGUAGCCAAAGCCAGGAAACAGUAUGACGUCCCUUAUCCUACCAUGUACAGUUCAGACAAUAAAAUGUUUAACUGCAUCCAGCGUACUCAUCAAAAUACACUUGAGAACUAUCCCAUGUUUCUGAUGCUUUUGUUUAUUGGAGGAUUACAGUACCCAAGAACCUCUGCCUGUGCUGGAACUCUCUAUAACUUGAGCCGGAUUGUCUAUGCCAAGGGUUACUACACUGGAGAUCCUGAGAAGAGGGGCUGGGGCUCUUUCAGUCUCGUCGCAUUGAUCGCCAUGCUCGGCUGUACAGUGGGCGUCGCCCUCAGACAACUCCGCAUCUUUCCACACUGAACCAAGAAUGCAUGAUAGACUCAACUAUUGAUAUGUGCUGUGCAUAAAUAUGUUAACACAAUCAAUUUUUAGUUGUUUUUAUAGAGAGUCUGGUACACUUCAUGAAUAAAUUUCAAAAGAGUUCUUGUAAUAAUAUUACACAUAUACCAUGUAUACAUGGAGUUAUUGGUGCAAAACAUAAUAAAGGUUGUACAUGUA